GAGCGGGACGGUGUCGGACUGGAGGUGGAAGAGAAGACUGCAACACAGAAAGAAGGAGGAAGGAGGAUCCGUGAGCUGCUGUAGGCGUGAAAACUCAGAGUAAGCAGCGGAAAGUUGACUGAGUCAGUUGAGCGGAAGUGAACUCUGGUACAGGUGUCACUUCUUCUACGGUGGUUGAGUGACUUCUUUACUUAAAGGCUUUGAAGUGGUUUGGGAUUAAAGUUAGAAGAGGAACAACAUGUCGAGCCUCCGACCCAGACUGUGUGUGCUGGAGAAAGGAACCAGCGGCUACGGGUUCCACCUGCACGGAGAGAAGGGCAAGACCGGGCAGUUCAUCAGGCUCGUGGAGCCCGACACUCCCGCCUCCGCAGCCGGGCUCCUCGCGGGCGACCGGUUGGUGUUCGUGAACGGGGAGAGCGUGGAGGGCGAGAGCCAUCAGCAAGUGGUCGCCAGGAUACGGGCCACCGCCGGGGCUCUGGAGCUCAUCGUGGUCGACGCCGACACGACUGAGCUGCUGAGGAAACACAACCUGCAGUGCCGGAAAGAGUUCGCCUCAGAGGGGAUUCCCCUGCCCGGCGGGGACAGCGACUCGGACCGCGGGGACUCACAGAGCAACGGCACUCCGAGGGGGUCCACCCCGGUCCAGCGAGAGAACGGGGAUACUUCCUCGGAGAGGUCGGGGAGGCUGAGUGUCAGCUCCAGCACCAAGGAUGAGAGUGGUGGGCUGCGGCCUCGUCUCUACCACCUGAAGAAGGGAGCUAAUGGCUACGGCUUCAACCUGCACAGUGAGAAGUCCAAACCGGGUCAGUUCAUCAGAGCCGUGGACGACGACUCUCCAGCACAGAGAGCCGGACUCAAACCACAGGACAAGAUCGUCCAGGUGAACGGGGUGUCAGUGUUUGGGAUGCAGCACUCGGAGGUGGUGGCAAACAUCAAGUCUGGAGGAGACGAGACCAGUCUGCUGGUGGUCGAUGCCGAGACCGACGACUUCUUCAAGAGGUGCAACGUCCUGCCCACUGAGGAGCACCUCACCGGACCUCUUCCUGAGCCAGUGUCACAGAGACCAUCAGAGGAGGAAGAGGUGUCAGUGAUAAAGACUAAAGGGUCUGUGAGCUCGUCGGCCUCCAGCGCCUCCUCCAACACCUCCCUGCCAGCAGCGACCACCAGCACCCCCCCUCCAGAGGCCGACCGGGCCCCGGAGCCGGCCUCAGGAACCGGGGGUCUGGGUCUGGGUCUGUCGCUGGCUCAGGCCAGAGAACGAGCCCAUCAGAAACGAGCCGCCAAGAAAGCCCCGCCCAUGGACUGGAGCAAGAGGAACGAACUCUUCAGCAACUUGUAAACACCAUCAUCAUCAUCAUCAUCAUCAUCAUCAUCAUCCCCCCCCCCCCCCCCCCCCCCCGUGGAGAACCCAGAGAGAUAAUCAGUGUCUGGUCUCUGGAUCUGGUUCUGACCCCGACAGACACAGUGUUCGUUCAGAACAUUUUAAAGUCCCGUGUUUAAACAGUAUUAUUGAUGAUCUCAUUGUUUUAAUUUAGGGUUUUUGCCACUUUUGAAAUGUCAAUGUCACACACAGGAAUGAAUGUUAAUAUAUGAAGCAGGAUGUUGGAGAGAGAGUAGAGAUGUACAGGUCCUCACGUCAGCAGUGACGGGGCUGCAGGGAAAAUAAAUUAUUGGCAGAUUUUUGAAAUCUAGUUUAAAUAAAGGUGAGACGUCGGCGUCUGAAAUCAGCAACUAGAAUGAAAGUUUUCUUCACUCGGUGUCUGAGUAUCUGCUGAGCCCUCACUGCCACAGUAACCACGACAACCUGUUCCAACAGCGUCGAGUCGUACGAUGGCUGGGGCGAUUUUUAGAAUCAGGUAACCGUGGAAACAAUCUCCAGGGUUUCUGACAUCACGAUAUAUGAUUCGAUGAAAUUAUUUUUCCAUGUUGCUCUUGUUCGAUUUGUACAUACAUGAAUAAAUGAUUUAAGAAGAAACUUUA